CGAGAAGCCGGAUUAUUGAAGUGCUACGAUUGGCGGUCGACCGUGGCCAUAGGUUUGGUGUUGAACAGUCCAUGCAACGUAUGCACUAUUGGGUUGAACAGGAAAGACUGUAAGGGAAUGCCAAAGCUGAUGGAACGGGCAGCACGCCUAUAUCGACAACUUGUGACAGCGAACCGAUGGCACGAAUUGGCCUCGCAAGGCUGGCCGAAACUGGUGCACCAUGUCGACUGUGGCCAGGCCAGUACAUCAGGGCGACCUUAUUCUUCGUCGCCACCGGGCUACUCAGUCCGCUACUUGUUGCUCGAUGGAGCCUUGAAGCAUGUUGCGGCGCGGGGUUGGACAGAUGCUGCUCUUAUUGCAGCAGCUCGUGAUCUCGGGUUGUCUCCUGCUGUUAUUGGUCUUCUCCCGCGCGGAGAGGGCGAACUAGUAGAGCAGUUCAUGGAGCAAUGCAAUUCCAGAUGCAUCAAGGAAUUGGAGGCGAGGAAGCAAGAACUAGCAGCACUGGCGUUGAACGAGCGUGUUGCCGAGGCAUUGCAAAUGCGUCUCGAAAUGCUCAAGCCAGUAAUCGACGUCUGGCCGCAAGCACUUGCAGUUGCGGCAAGACCCAGCAAUGCUGCACAUAGCGCUAAACUUCUCUUCAGCUUGGUUGAUGACAUCUGGGCCAUGCUGGGCGACGGUUCAACUGACGUAACGUGGUACAGUAAGCGUGCCAUCCUCGCUGGCGUGUAUGCAAGCACAAGCCUGUACAUGAUUGUGGAUUACACGCCGGGGUUUCAAGACACUUGGGAGGCCCUGCGACGCCGCGUGGACGAAGGUCUUUCCCUGGACUUGUCGCUGAAGCAAGGUGUGCGUAUGGCGACAUCGAGGGUACCGACUACGGCUACUACAGAUUCAGCUCAAUAGCAAUCCCUAUCACAGCAUGGUUGAGGGAGCUGCUGGCGUAAAAUGGCCUCGCACAGCAGCACAACACAACAAUGUAGAGGAAGCACACAGGGCGAUGUGUCCGAAUACUUUGCAGGCAUACGACACGGGUCGUUACGGCUCGGGGUUGCGCGAAUCGCCCAGCCUUUGGUACAUGAUACCCGUGCACACCUGAAAUUGUGUAAACUUCUGACCGAUGUGUCUCUAGGAAACGUACGCGAAACCAGUUUUCAGUCAAAAAUCGGCAGACGAAGGACACACAGAUUAUCACACGUGAACCUGCGUAGAGUCAAAAUUCGCUCACGAAGCCUGUCCCAGAAACCUCGAGCAACAUACUCGGGUACAGCCCUUUAGGACAUUGGCCAUGCUGAACAUAAUCGAUUUCUUGCUGUAGCCAGGCUCACUAUCUCCCAAAUGCAGUAAGGGGAUCCAUGUCCCUAGAAAUGUACAGGGCGACACGACCACGAACCGCAGAUGACACUGACCAGGAAUGUUCUGGAAAAGUAAUUUCACGAUAUAAACAACUGUCGCCAUAAACACCUCUAUCCAAUCACGGUGCAGCCAGGAAACUGAUGCACCACCGCACAACAGUAGAAUCAACAAGAUAUACUGCUCGACACGGUCGUAUCGUUCCGCCGAAACCGCACCCGACCCACAUCACGGGGCAGUUUCAAAUGCUCGCCGGGACCCCAUAGCUUGAUGCAGCGAUGCAGCAGUCGGCUCACGCACCGUAGACCGCUUCACAGGACACCAGCCUUCUGCAGCCGCAUCAGCAGAUCGCGUCGGUUGCCCAGGGGCGACAUGCCACGGCGCUUCACCUCACUGCGCAGCUCGGCCAUCGUCAUCUUAUCCAGAGACUUGGCGGCGACGGUGGUGGACGACAACGCAGCACGGACGUCCAUGGACCCAUUCUUAUCCGCGCCGUUGACCUCGACUACCUACUGCGGCAGCAAUGGAAAACAU